AGCCAUGAGCGCUCGUUCAAAGAUCCUUAAGCCUACCGGCGUUCAGCCCGACGAACUUGAGCUUCAGGUUGCUCAGAACUUGUUCGAUCUUGAACACAAUGUUGCUGAGCUCAGUGCUGAUCUCCGUGGUCUCCAGUUCACUGCUGCCAAGGAGAUUGACAUUGGUCGUGGUCGCAAGGCUAUUGUCAUCUUUGUGCCUGUUCCCCAAAUCAAGCAGUUCCACAAGGUUCAGACUCGUCUUGUCCGUGAGCUUGAGAAGAAGUUUUCCGAUUUCCAUGUUCUCCUCAUUGCCCAGCGUCGCAUUCUCAGGAAGCCCGAUCACAAGACACGCCUGACUCAACAGCGUCCUCGAUCUCGUACUCUCACUGCUGUUCAUGAAAAGAUUCUUGAGGAUCUUGUCUAUCCCACUGAGAUUGUCGGAAAGCGCACCAAGGUUCGCAUUGAUGGUAGCAAGCUCAUCAAAGUUUUCCUUGAUCGCAAGGAUCACACAUCGCUCGAAUACAAGCUUGACACCUUUUAUGCCAUUUACAAAAAGCUGACUGGCAAAGAUGUUGUUUUUGUAUUCCCUGUUGCUAGCGCAGGUCAGGAAUAAACACCACCCAUUUUAUGUGGAUCGUUUUUGUUUUUAAAUGUUAUAAAUAGUUUUUUAAAAGC